CCUACCUGUAUAUUUCCAAGAUGGAGACUUCUAUGCAAAAGCCCAGGUGCAGCUGCAGGUGGCAGGUGUCCUGAGGGGACAGUGGUCCUGCAGCAGUGCAACUCCAGGGAAUACACAGUGUGCGGCCCGCCCGGUCCAGGUGGUCCCUGCUGCCCAGCCCCUGCUGGCCUCUCUGUGUGCACAGCAGGUCAGGAUGGGGAGGUGCCUGGUGCCCCGUCUGCCUGCCCUCCCUGUGUGCCUCGCCGUGGUCCAGCUGCUCAGCCCCUGCUCAGCUGAGUUUGCUGUGGUCGGACCCCCCGAGCCCAUCCUGGCCAUGGUGGGUGAAGACGCAGACCUGCCCUGUCACCUGUCCCCAGAGAUGAGCGCUGAGACCCUACAGCUGAUGUGGGAGCGACCCGGCCGCAGGCAGGUAGUGCACACGUACGCACACGGGCAGGAGGACACGCCGGCAGAGGAGUUUCGAGGGAGAACUUCGAUUAUAAGAGAGGACAUCACUGCGGGGAAGGCCGCUCUCAGGAUUCACAACGUCAGCGUCUCUGACAGCGGAACCUACCUGUGUUAUUUCCAAGAUGGAGACUUCUAUGCAAAAGCCCAGGUGGAGCUGCAGGUGGCAGCGCUGGGCUCUGAUCCCCACAUUGACAUGAAGGGCUACGAGGCUGGAGGGAUCCGUGUGAACUGCACGUCUGCCGGCUGGUACCCGCAGCCCCAGAUCCAGUGGAGAGACGCCAGGGGACAGAGCUUGCCCUCGGAGGCAGCAUCUGCGGCUGCAGACCCCCAGGGCCUUUAUGCAGCCUCAGCCUCUGUGAUCCUGGAAGGCGGCUCUGGGGAGGGGGUCUCCUGUGUCAUCAGAAACAACCUGCUGGAACAGGAGAGGUCAGCCAGGCUUUCCAUCCCAGGUGCCUUUUUCAAGGACACAGAGCUUUGGGUGGUGUUGCUCGCCGUCACCGUGGUGCUUCAUGCCAUGUUCCUGUUGUGUGUGAUGUGUUUGCUGCGCCGCGGGUGGAAGAGGAGCCAGGCCCUGCUCCAGGAGAAGGGGAGAGAGCACGAGCAGAGAGAGAAGCAGCGGGCGCAGAGCUGCAGCGGCAGUGGCAGCGAAGCGCCCAAGAGACGCUGCAGGACGUGCUCAUCACAGGGAGGCACCCAGCCCAGGGUGAGGCUGCUGCCCCGGGACAUGGAGCACUGCCCGCCAGCUGCCUCCGCGGACAGCACACUGGUGCUGCUGGAACACCAGGGCUUAUCCGUGCCGUCCUCUGAGGAUUCUGAGGACAGUGUCGAGUUGCAGGAGGUGGUCAGCCGGGAGCAGGCACUGCAGACCCAGGUCCUAGCGCAGCAGGAGUGUUGGAUCAAAGACGCAGAUGGAAGUCACUGGAAUCUCUUUGAGGCAGUGGAAUCCACGUCCAUCAGAGGCACACCCACCGCUGACCGCCACUGAGGUCCCCGAGGUUCCUGUCACCUGUGCAUCCUGGGGAAAGGCCGCUCUUCCUCAUCAUCACCACGGUGACUGUUCCCGGUGUGCCCCCGGUACCCCGCCGUGGGUGGCAGUAACGGUCACCCUUCAGUGGAGCUGCUUCUGCAUCCAAGGCCGCACGGCUC